CAUGUUCUAGUUUUGGAUGUAUUUACCGCUGCGCUUCCGGGUGGCACGGUUGUAAUUGUUUAGUUGAAAACGUCCAUGUGUAGUUACAAUAAUGUAAGUAAAGAAUGGAAGCACUGUGUAAUGUCGAUCGUAUGAACUUUCAGAUGAAGGAGGCCGAUAGUGACGCUGCAGCACAAACACUCUUCCAACAGAUGUUUGAUGAAGCUUGUACUGCUGGGUUUCUAAUCCCAUCCACCAGCUUCAACAAGAGCUUCAUACCAGCCCUGGUUGGUGCCCUAGUCAAUAACCUGGUUGAGAGCAGUCGGGUUGAGCUUGACCAGUUUGUCGAUGGACUGAAGACUCAUCAGGUCCUUGAGUUGCUGCGUUUGAGGCCUGAUGAUAGCUACUGCAUAUUCAGCGGCCGAACAAAACCGGUGACUGUAGAAGCAGUUCGCUUGCUUUUGCAUUUCCGAUAUCGGACUGGGAAUCAUGCAGAAACUGAUCAGCAGACAGCUCAAGGUUUUCUGACGUUCCUCCGAGCUACCAAAGGAUCAACUGCAUCUGUCAACGGGGUUAAGCUACAGCCGAAUGACGUGCUGAUGUGGCUGACGGGAUCAGCGACAAUGCCGGCAGUGGGCUUCCAUAAAGUUAUUGAUGUGGAAUUUGGGGACACGCUUCGGGUUAACACAUGUGCCCUGGUGUUGACGCUGGCUGAAGUGCCACGCGAAGUUGAAGAUGUUGUGCAACAUUACUCCGAACUGCUCAUCAAUAGCCAGACAUUUCAAGCGGAAUAAUUUCCCAAGAUAGUUUAAUACAUCAUGACUCAUUAGGAAAUUGUGUUAUAUUCCUUUUCAUGGGUAUAUAUGGAACGGUUUUCGGUAAAAAUCAUUCGUGGUGAAUAUUUACAUUAUGACUGAUGUUAAUUCUAAUAUGCUUCAUGACAAUUCCAAACAUGCCGGUUGUCUAUUCGUUUAUACUUUAUGAUUGUGGCAACAUUACAUCAUUGAUGGUGAAUAUAUACAUUAUUCCUGAUGUUAAUUCUAAUAUGCUUCAUGAAAAUUCGAACAUGCUUGUUGUCUUUUCGGUUAUACUUGAUGAUUGUUGCAACAUGCUUGGUGACUUUCCAA